AUGAUGAGUUCCUUCGGCGGCAUCUCCCGCUUCCUCGACGUGCCCGACAGCAAAAAGCUUCAGGGCAAACGCGACUUCAAGCAAUGGAAGCGCAAGACUCAGAAUGACUUUCAAGCAGUAAACCUCUGGAGGUUUCUUACCGGAGAAGAAAGGCUUUUGCCUUUUCCCGAUCCUGAUGCAUACCAACUCGAUCGAAAGAAUGCGGAUCCUCCGUCGCAGGACCCAGCGGUCGAGUUCCAGAUAUUUGUUGAAGAAGAUGCAACGGACGUCGACGAAGAGGAAGAUCCCCUCGCCUUACCACCAUCCACUGUCGGCAGGCGUAAAAAGAAGACAAAGAAGACCAUCAAGAAAAAGAAGUCCGAGCUUACACCGGAAGAGCUCGAAGCCUAUGAAGAAUCCUUGAGAAGAGAGUCCAGGCGCGGCAGCCGUGCCACCCUCGGACCAGAGCAGAUUGGCAGACUCCGCACUGAAGGCGUGCAGCUGGAAGAAGAUCUUCAGGGACUCUCCUUCUCUAAUCGCCUCUCAGUUUUUCGCUUCGAGUGGGAUCAAGCAAGCAAGAGCGCGGAUCGAGAACAGACAGCUAUGGCUGGUCUCGUUGCUCGAGUCAAUAACACAUUGAUUCGAAGAAUCCAAGCCUUCGACGACCCAUACAGUGCAAUGAAGUGGCUAGAAAGCCAAUACAGCCAGACACAGGUCCGAGAAACGGAGAAAGCCUUCGAUCACUUCGAGAAGAUACAUUAUCGCAAGUUCAACUCUAUCCAGGAGUACCUCAACGAACUCGAGUCCGCCAGACAGGACAUCGACGACGUAGGAGGAAAAAUGACUGACGGAAUUAUGCUCUCAAAGGUCAUUCGAGGCCUUCUCGGCGUUCCUGCCUUCAAAGGAUUCAUCGAACACUAUCACAGUUUUAGGGACCUCGACCCGUCCCUUGAUAACUACGAUAUACUCACGGCAAGACUUCUUACUUGGGAAGACGACCAGAGGACAGCUCGCGAGUAUGAAAGAGAUACUCGAGAAAAGGACACGCGCCGUGUCAAGCCCGAACGUCGCGACAUCAAUACAAAGAAGGCGGACAAAAAACCAAAUGUCACGUGCCACGAAUGCGGCAAGGUCGGGCACUAUGCCCGAGAUUGUCGCAGCACCAACAAAGAAUCUGUGGCCAAGACUACAAGCAAGUUUGUCCAAACCAAGAAGACUACUAGGAAAUUUCCUCCGAAGAAGUUCUCAGCUAUGACUACCGUUGAUAUUGAGCCAGAACUCGAUAUCAGAACCAAACGAGUGAUCCAAGGGCUCGGCAUGCCCGGCCCGACCAAGGCCAAGGAAGAAGGAGACAUUCCCAAGAGUCUAGACCGAAACACCUGGAUCGUCGAUAUAGGAGCCAACAUGCACUUUGUCAAUGACAAGAAAUGGUUUGCAGACUUCUCAGACUUUACUGAGGAAGCCGGCACCGCCAACGGCACUGGCAACAUGAAGAUACAAGGAGGUGGGAGUGUCAAACUGCCCUUUCUUACCUCCGAUGGGUUUUUUGAGCUUAACCUGUCAUCAGUCGCAUAUGUACCUACCCUAAGAUGCAACAUCCUAUCCACGUCACUACUCUUAUGCAUGAAUGAGGAGAUAGUUGGACAAUGGGACAAGGAUUCGAUUCGCAUCUGCACUUCCGAUGGACUGGAAGUCGCCAGAGCAAGGCAAACAAAUGGACUGUAUGAGUUGGCUCUCCACCCACAGGUAUCUCUAUACAAGCCUACCGGACAAGUGGACGACUCGAAAGCUGCGCCACUCGAAUCAAUGCCACCUGGCGUGCGACCACCAUAUGUAGCUGCUACGAUCGACUUCUCAGACCCGGUUUGGAAAUGGCACCGCCGCAUGGGUCACCUUGGACUCGACAACAUGCGACGACUAUUGAAGGUCAGCAAUGGGAUCAGUAUAACAGACAAACAGCUUAAAGCCAAGCUUGGGGCAAUCUGCCCUGUAUGCGCUACGACACGAGCAAUUGUCAAGGUCCCACGCGAACCCGCAACUCGACGCUUUAAGAAGCCCGGCGAGCUACUCCACAUCGACACAUGGGGUCUCUAUCCGAUCGCUGGAUAUAAUGGAACAAAAUAUCUAUUGCUCAUCACAGAUGACUCCACUAGAUUUACCUGGAGUACCCGCCUUGGCAACAAAGCUGAGAUCCCUCAGAAAGUGAGGAAGCUGCUGAAAAGGAUCGAAAAAAGCCUGAGGAUCAAAGUCCGUCGGGUACGCUUCGACAAUAAAUUCAGCAGGAAUGGUCUUAUUGAUGCUUGGAUGUCCAAGCACUCUAUCACGAUUGAGCCAACCGUUGCGUAUGCACAUUUCCAGAAUGGUGUUGCAGAACGAGGCCAUCGAACUGAGAGAGACCGUGCAGCAGCUAUGCUGCAAGAACCAACUCUUCCCGACAGACUGAGAUCGAUAAUCUCUGAGAGGGGAGAAGAGAUACUCCGCAAUACUGAAGUAUCUGAGAGCCUUUGGCCUCUGGCGUUUGAACACGCAAUAUGGCUAAAGAAUAGGAGCCCUACUCGAGCCCUGAAGACAAAGGAAACACCCUGGCAGGCUCUCUAUAGUGAGAAGCCGAAUCUGCAUCGUGAACAUGUAUGGUUCAGCAGACUGUACAUCACUGUGCCUCACGAACAGCGCAUACGAGCGAACCACACGAAAUUGGGAUCCUCAAGAGCCUCCUUAGGAUACUUUGUGGGCAACGAGAGCGAAUCUGUCUAUCUGUACUGGGACCCAAACUCGAAGAAAGUAAGACGAACGGCUAGUGCUAACGUCGACGACGACAAUGGACCUAAUGAUCUGCAUGAAGGCGACGGCAUCAACGCUCGUCAGGAACGACCUCAGAGGGAAAACGAGGCAGAUAGCGAAUCCGAAGGUUCAGAUAGCACUGAUUCAGACUCUAACCCGGAUGAGGAUGACAAUGCAGCACUUUAUGGAGAUGGCUCCGAAGGCGAACCUGAGGAAAGAGAGUCGGAUUCCGAGUCUUCCGACUUAUCCGAAGAAGAAGAACCUGAGGCUAAUGACGUGCCGACGGAAACCCAAAAUCGCCAAGAAGUGAAUGAGCAAGGUCGCCAAGAAGAAGACACACAAGGCAAUCAAACAGUCCGCAACCGACCUGGCUCAAGCUCACCCCUCUUCGUACUCGACGACGACGACGACGAUUACGAGUUCAAUCAGAACUAUCAGCGGGACGACUACGACGAGAACGGCGUUCCCCGUCACCGACCGGAAGGCGCACUCUACGAAGCCGACAACUUCUUGGACGAUAUACAACAGGCCGCCGACGCGGUCUUCGAGGGAAUAAACGAGUCUCAAACAACUGGUGAUAACCCGCCCGUUCGAUCUCGCUUCUUUGCUAAUAUAGUUAAGCGAAAAAAGGGAAGCAAAACUGUCGACGACUCAGAAUCAAACGCCCAUCUUACUAACGAAGACUCGACCGGAAACACCGAUCAUCCAGGUUUUGAUCAAGUCAACCUAAGUGAAAAAGGGCGAACCCGCCGAGUGAAAUGCCGAUCCUGCGGUAUUGAAACAUCGCAUGGCAAUCGGUUGAACCACGUUAAGACAUGUCUGAAGCCAAAGAAGCGUCGCAAAGAAGGAAAGCCGGGGCUAAAAGCUGAUCCCGACAACUACAAGUCCGGUGAAAAUCUGAUACGGAAAUACCGUCUACAAGCUGCACCAGAGGCCUUCGAACUCAAAGAAAGCAAAGAUGUCUCUAGAAUUCCUAGAGCUGACAGAAACAUCUACUCAGAAGAAUCUAGACAGGAGACAAGAGAGAAGCUUAUGAACCUCAACUUCCCCGACAGUGACUAUGGAGCAAAAUCGAACUCUCGCCAACAAGGGAAGAGGGGAAGUGGAGUCCACACUUCGAACACCUUAAUGGUAACAGACAAUGCACCUUCUCCCCCUCCAACUGACAAAGAACUGGAUAACCGAAAGACAGGAGAACUACGACGAGUAGACUGCCUUCUUUGUACAGCAGAGACGGAACUGGAACCUGAACCGCGAACAGUUCGAGCAGCUCUGAGAUCUCCGGAAGCGGAGCAGUGGGAGCAUGCAAUUCAAGAAGAAUACAACAGUCUUAUUGAGAAUGAGACCUGGAAGAUAAAAAGCACUAAGCAAGACCUGAAUGCCAGGUUUGAUGUCUCCGACCUAGGCGAAUGCGCAUACUAUCUUGGUAUGCACGUCACUCGAGAUAACCUAGGAGGCAUUGGCCUACACCAAAAGGCCUUCGUGCAGAAGCUUCUCGCGCAAUUUGGUCUUGAAGACCUUCGACCAGUGUUAACCCCGAUGGACGUUGCUCGGAAGCUAACAGUCAAUGAAGGCCAACAAGCGGACCUAGCCUUUACAAGACGCUAUCAGUCUAUGGUAGGUUCUCUGAACUACCUUAUAACAGUAGCACGACUAGACAUUACCUACGCUGUGGGAGUUGUCUCGAGGUACGCCUCCAAUCCGAAUGAGAGCCAUAAAGUUGCGGUGUAUCGGAUAUACGCGUAUCUCAAAAAGUACCCUAAACUUGGACCAGAAUACUCGGACGAACCCACCGACGACUGCACCUUAGGAGCUGAGGACACAGUCGAUCCAGACACAGAACAUAAUCCGGAUUCUACCGAAGGAACGUCUACACCUACCGACCAUCUCGACGAGAUUGUUGGAUAUGUGGACAGCGACUGGGCAGGGUGUCAUGACACUCGCCGCUCAACCACCGGUUUUGUGUUUAUCAUUGCCGGGAGCCCAAUAGCAUAG